AUGUAUCGGAAGUUGUCUAAGUUAGAACACUCGGAAAUAAAACAACUUCUUACAGAAGCUAACAUAGAAGUAGCAAAACAUUACGCAACAAACAAAAAAGCACUCGCUGACUUCAUUAAAGACUAUAAUGGUGCAAUAAGUUAUGAUAGAAUUCAUGAGUUCAUAAAGCCGCAACGCGGCGAGGACGAAGUCCAUGCAAGAGCAUUUCCUUUAAAUGACGUUGCUAUUGACUUAUAUCAUAGACGUUCAGUACCUCAUGAAGUAAGAAGAGAAAUGUUUGACAUAACAAAUGCAAACGUUGGUGAAACAAGAAGAAGAGACGACACACUGAAACAACAGAGAAGAGAGAUGUUUAAGAGCGCUAUAGAACAAGUUCGCAAAGCUAACGAUGUCCUUCGUUCCAUUGACGACAAACCAAAAGAAGGUGAGAGAUGGUUAAAGAAAGAUGAAGAGAAUAGGAAGAGAAAUGUGAAGUCAGGCAAUAGACUCAUUGACUUUAACAUCGAAGCUUUAGAUGAACCAAACAGAGACUACUUACACAAACAUUUCGGUAAGGUUUUCAUGAGACUCUUAGAGAAAAUUAAAAUAAACUCACAACAGAGAUGGAUGGUAUGUUAUAAACUUGGUGGAAA